AUGCUGGUGACAAACCAGCGCCUUGAUAAACUUGCAGCAUCACGCAAUGAUUUCAAGAGCCGUGGGAGGUUGAAUGGUACUUGUCUAUCAGAAACGCUUAGGGCCUUAAAACGUAUAUGGUCAAAUAGGGAGCCUGAUGCCAUCCAGCUCGGCCAAGCUAACGAGAAUAGCAUUGUGCUACUCCCUAACCUUGACAUCACUAUACAGGGUGACAAUGAAGAGGGCGAAGUUAUCGACAGCCCAACGCUAGUGCAGGUCCAUGUUCGGUUGGCAAAGACACACCAAUGCAAACGUGCACAAACUGUACCCAAUGUAGAGACUUGCAUUUCUGUGGGCUCAUAUGGGCUCAUUUUACGAAUUCUGACAAUUGGCCUUCAUGGCACAACUCGCACCAUCAUCCACUAUGACCUCCACCAUCAUGCGUACCACUUCCCGCGAAACGCGCCAUAG